AACAACCUUCACAGAUUUAAAGUGUAGAGAGAGAGAAAGAGCACCAUUUCUCACACACAUUCUCUCUCUUGAAUACACAGAUCUCUUGGCGAUGUGCAUCUAUGGGGUUUCCUAUGUAGUUGAGGUGGAGACCCUGCGUUAAGGCCGAGGGUUCAAUUCACAGAAAAUGGCAUGGUUAGGGAAGGUGUCUUUAGGGGGCUUCCCUGAUUUAGCCGGUGCAGUGAACAAAUUGAGCGAGAGUGUGAAGAAUAUCGAGAAGAAUUUCGAUAGUGCUCUUGGGUUGGAGGAGAAGUCAGAUGGCGGUGAAGCUUCUGGAUCGUGGCCCUCCUUCGAUCCAGUCAUGGCCUUUAUGGGGCACAAGAGUGGAGAUAGUGCAAUUGAGCCCUCAGAAAAAGUUGACUUGUCAUCAGUUGAAGAGCCCAGUAAGACAUUAGCUGAGGAUUCGUCAACAACUGUCCCUACUGAGAGUGCUUCAUCCACAGGGCAAGAUGAGAUCCAUGAAAUUCAGGGAACUGAAGGACAAAUACAUGUUAUUGAGGCCUCAAAACAUGUGCCAGAGGAAGUUGUAAUUGAUGAACAGGAGUCUAGUUCGCUGAAACUCGCGCAACAAGUAGAAUUAAGCUCAAAUUCAGAUGACAAAGGUGUUUCAGGUGUCAUUGAUCAAGAAACUCUUGAACCAGCUCAGCAACCAUUGAUACAAGAAGAUAGUAAGGAAUUCGGUCAACCCAUUGAAGAAUUACAAGGUGGGGCAUCCACGCUAGUAAACCCUGAUGCUGAAGAACAAGUUGAAAAGGAUGAAUCUCAUGAUGGGGUUGAUUUGAAAGGAAUCCCUAUUGAACAAGGAAAGGAAACAGAGGAACCCACAAUUAGUCAAAUAAUUGAUGAGCAGGUGGCUUCUGAUUUAUACCCUGUUGAGGACUUAAAGGAUGAAAGUGUCAGCGAGCCAUUAAGCAGUACUGUCUCAAAUGUUAUUGAUUCAGAUGUGUCCCAUAUGGCCUCUGAAUCAGUUACACCAGAUAGUGGGUCAUUAACUACAUUAGAAAAAAAUGAUUCUAGUGUUAAUAUCGUGGAUUAUGGUCAUAUGGAGCCACCGAGAGGCUUUGAUCACACCUUAACUGAUUUUCUGGAUUCAAAUGCUGAAAUAGAGAAGCUGAAGAUGGAACUGCAAUCAAUGGAGGCCGCAUUGCAAGGAGCUGCAAGACAAUCUCAGUCAAAGGCUGAUACGAUUGCUACGUUGAUGAAUGAAAAUGAGCAGCUAAAGUCUACUGUAGAGGAAUUGAAGAGAAAAUCUUCAGAAACAGAAUCUGAUAAACUGAGAGAAGAGUAUCAUCAGAGGGUGGCGACUCUGGAAAGGAAGGUUUAUGCUCUUACAAAGGAGAGAGAUACAUUGAGAAGAGAGCAAAACAAAAAAAGUGAUGCUGCGGCUCUUUUAAAAGAGAAAGAUGAAAUUAUAAGUCAAGUCAUGGCUGAAGGUGAGGAGCUUUCAAAAAGGCAAGCUGCUCAAGAGGCCCAAAUAAGGAAAUUACGGGCACAGAUAAGAGAGUUUGAAGAAGAAAAACAAAGAUUGAAUUCCAGGCUUCAGGUAGAAGAAUCUAAAGUUGAGUGCAUGAAAAAAGACAAGGCAGCAACUGAAAAGUUGCUACAAGAAACAGUAGAGAGGAGUCAGGCUGAACUUGCUGCACAAAAAGAGUAUUAUACCAAUGCUCUCAAUGCAGCCAAGGAAGCCGAAGCAUUGGCUGAGGCACGUGUAAAUAAUGAAGCCAAAGCUGAGCUUGAACGUCGAUUAAGGGAAGCCGCAGAUCGUGAAGCCACACUAGUGCAGACACUUGAUGAACUAAGGCAAACCCUCAGCAGAACAGAGCAACAGGCUGUUUUCCGUGAAGAUAUGCUUCGAAGAGACAUUGAUGAUCUCCAAAAGCGUUAUCAAGCCAGUGAGUUGCGUUGUGAAGAAUUGAUUACACAAGUACCUGAGUCCACGAGGCCUCUUCUGAGGCAAAUUGAGGCUAUCCAGGAGACAACAGCUAGAAAGGCAGAAGCUUGGGCUGGCGUGGAGAGAGCCCUGAACUCUCGUCUUCAGGAGGCUGAGGCAAAGGCUGCGGCUGCUGAGGAGAGUGAGAGGUCCAUGAAUGACCGCCUUUCUCAAACUCUCUCUCGAAUGGCUGUUUUGGAAGCUCAGGUUUCAUGUCUUAGAGCUGAGCAAACACAACUGACUAGAACACUUGAGAAGGAAAGGCAACGAGCAUCUGAAAAUCGACAAGAAUGCCUUGCUACACAGGAAACAGCUCUUACCCAUGAAGGGAGAGCAAAGCAACUUGAAAAAGAAAUUCAGGAAUUGAGAAAUAAACAUAAGCAGGAUUUGUUUGAAGAGGCUUCUCACCGAGAACUCAUAGAGAAGGAGCUAGAACAAGAAAAGGCUGCAAGGUUGGAGUUAGAAAGAAUUGCUCACUUAGAAAAGCCUGUAUCAUCUGAUAGAGCCCCAACAAUUAAGUAUACAAACUCUUUUCUUGAUAAUGGACCUGGAGUUCCUAUAAGGAAACUUUCUAGUGCUGGAAGUAUAAGCAGCAUGGAUGAGAGCUUUUUUCUUCAGGCAUCUUUGGAGUCUUCUGAUGGUGCUAUUUCAGAGAGGAGCAUUCCUUCUGCGACAAAUGCGUCACCUUUUUUUAGGAAGAGCAUGACUCCUGGUACCAUUGAGCACUUAGAAUCUGCCCUCCGCCAGAAAGAUGGUGAACUCAUGUCAUAUAUUUCUCGAUUGUCAUCUUUGGAGUCUAUCCGUGAUUCUCUUGCCGAGGAGUUAGUGAAAAUGACAGCACAGUGUGAGAAACUGCAUACAGAGGUUGCUGUGUUGCCUGGUUUACGGGCAGAGCUAGAAGCGUUGAGGCGGAGACACUCCUCUGCAUUGGAGCUCAUGGGUGAACGUGAUGAAGAGUUGGAAGAACUCCGAGCAGAUAUUUUCGACUUGAAGGAGAUGUAUAGAGAGCAGAUAGAUAUGCUUGUGAACCAGAUACAAAAGCUGAGUUUUUCAGUCAAUGCUAGUUGAUGCGCCAUUGUGGUCUCUUUUUUUUUUGUUUUUAUUUUUGUUUUUGUUUUUUAAUCUCUUGAUAAUUGAGUAUAGAGGUCAAAGACAAGUUAUUUGUGGUGUUGUUUCUUUGGUUUCUUGUUGUCUUUCUUUUUAUUUUUCCUUUAUGUGAAAAAUUUGUAUGUUGUAAGUCAUGGGUGGGUGGAAAUUUCACCAUGGAUGGCCUGAGUAGGAUUUUGGGUGUUAAAAUCAAAUAUAGGGAUUGGAUCGUAUCUUUUUUUUUUUUUUCUUUUUUAAAUAAUGUAACAUAAGGGGAUCAUAUGCUCUCGUAUAAACUGGCCAACCAAGCCUGUUCUCUUUGCUUUUCUUAUUCACGGAAGUUGGGUGCCUCAAUUUC